AUGAUGCUCAAGACGAUCUUCCUCGCGGCCUUGGUGCCCAUUUUAGGAGUGAUGGCUGCUCCAGUACCUGAGGCUGACGCAGCACCAGCGCCAGCACCACAAUAUGGAGACUAUGGCAACUAUGGCGACUAUGGAUCAUAUGGCAAUGCUCCUCCACCACCUCCUCCAGGAACUCCCAAUCCUUAUGGCUCAUACGGCGAUUACGGAAGCUAUAAGAAGUGA